GCGGCGCGGCACGGUAGUUCCCCGGCGCCCGGCUCCCUCGCCUUAGACGUGCUGUGUUGUGAUCACGUGGCCCGCUCCGGGCGCGGCGCUUGUUUUGGUUUCCCUCUAGCUUGCCCCUGGCAGCUUCGGGGUGAGCGACUUUCCUGCACCGGUUGCCGCGCUUUCCUGCACCCUGACCUCCGCUUCGGGCUAUCUCAGCCCGCAGUUCUGCAAGCCUCUGGGGCGGGCUCCUGCCAUGCCGCUGGUCCGCUACAGGAAGGUGGUCAUCCUUGGAUACCGCUCUGUAGGGAAGACAUCGUUGGCACAUCAAUUUGUGGAAGGCAAGUUCUUGGAAGGCUAUGAUCCUACAGUGGAGAACACUUACAGCAAGAUAGUGACUCUUGGCAAAGAUGAGUUUCACCUCCACCUGGUGGACACAGCAGGGCAGGAUGAGUACAGCAUUCUGCCCUAUUCAUUCAUCAUUGGGGUCCAUGGUUAUGUGCUUGUGUAUUCUGUCACCUCUCUGCAUAGCUUCCAAGUCAUUGAGAGUCUGUACCAAAAGUUACACGAAGGCCAUGGGAAAACCCGGUUGCCGGUGGUGCUAGUGGGGAACAAGGCAGAUCUCUCUCCAGACAGAGAAGUACAGGCAGUUGAAGGGAAGAAGCUGGCAGAGUCCUGGGGUGCGACAUUCAUGGAGUCAUCUGCUCGAGACAAUCAGAUGACUCAAGACAUCUUCACCAAAGUUAUCCAGGAGAUUGCACGUGUGGAGAAUUCCUAUGGGCAAGAGCGUCGCUGUCAUCUCAUGUGAGGCCUUGGGCAUAGGAUAACUGCCUUGUUUCUGCCCCUGGCACUUGCCAGGCUCCAGUGGAGGGCCUGCCCUCAGACUUUAUGGGUAUGGUUGCCCGCUGUGUUACUGGCCCUCUGGGCACACAGUGUGGUAUCCUCAUGUUUGCACACUUUCUCCAGGCUUCAGUGGCCUGGAUGUCAAUGUUUACAAAGGGGCAAGGAUGUCUCAUGGGUACUGGCCUCUAGCCCUCUGUUUUUGCUAAGUGAAUUUUGUUGGAACCUGUGGGAUUGGGUUAUGAGUCCUAGACAUUUUUUAUCCAGAGCCCUUCCUCCUGUGUAGGUUGUGGGUGUUGGCUGGGAAAGAGGAGCUGGGGACUCCUGAAGUAGAGCUGGCUUCUGGGAUGACAGUGUAUAUAUGUAAAUAAACUGAGAAAUCUUUUGUUGUUGA